AUGGCACCAUGGAUGAUGGGAGAGAAAUUCGACACGGUCUACCCUCACAAAGGGUCCAUUAAGGCCCUGUGGGAGACCAAGUGGAAGUUCUGCUGCUCCAAAUCCAUCUACCCGUUCCACGACGGUGCCUUUGAAGACUUUGAGCCCAUCUUCCAGAAGCUGAUCAAGGACAACAUCAACGAUGCCUUCUCGGAUGCCUACACCCAAGCUUUCAUCCCCAUCGUCGACGCCCUGGAACAACAAGCCGAGCAAGCCCUAACAAACAGCCACCCCGACAAGGCCUCAGACCUCUACCGCCGCGCCGCAGUCGUCCUCCGCAUUUCACGUUUCCCCUACGUAAGCCCAGCAAGCCAGCCGUCAACUUCCCUGAAGCGCACCGCCUUCGAGCGCCAAAAGGACGUCUACCUCAAAGCCGCCGCCAUCUGGAAGCCCGUGCUCAAGGAAGAAAGCAUCCCGCACACGCGCGCCACCGGCCGCGAUGGCGCCCACAUCCCAAUCUACGUGCGUCUGCCCGAGGAAGCAUCCGCCUCCAACCCGGUACCCGUUGUGCUUCUCAUGACCGGUCUGGACGGGUAUAGGCCCGAUAACAGCCAGCGGACACACGAGAUCAUCAACCGCGGCUGGGCGGUUGUUGUCUGCGAGAUCCCCGGCACGGCGGAUUGUCCGGCUGAUCCUGCGGACCCGGAGAGUGCGGAUCGUCUGUGGGACAGUGUGCUUGAGUAUAUGGGCUCUAGGGCGGAGUUUGAUAUGUCUCGUGUUGCUGCUUGGGGUCUGAGUGCUGGUGGAUUCUAUGCUAUUCGGGCUUCGGCUACGCACUCGGAGAAGUUUGCUGGGUGUGUUGCUCAUGGGCCUGGUAGUCAUCAUUUCCUUGGGGAGGAGUGGUUGAGUCGGGUCAAUGAUCAUGAGUAUCCGUUUGAGAUCACGGCUUCUUGGGCCGAGAAGUAUGGAUAUGAUUCCGCUGAGGAGUUUAUCAAGAAUGCGCAGAAGAAAUUCUCGCUUGUUGAGACUGGUGUUAUGGACCAGCCUAACUGCCGUCUGCUGAUGCUGAACGGUGUUGACGAUGGCGUUGUCCCCAUUGAGGACUCGCUGGUCAUGUUCAACCAUGGUGGUCCCAAGGAAGGCCGUUUCUUUGAGGGCUUGGUGCACAUGGGUUACCCUCACAGCCUGCCCGUUGCCUACAAGUGGCUGGAGGAGAACUAG